UAAAAAGGAAUGGCGUGGAGCGCCGCCGGAUCUAUGUCACUGCCGGCGGCGGCGGUAGAGCUGCGGGCAAUGCGAACUCAGGCUCCACUCGCCAUAGGCAUAGGCUGCGGUUUUCUUGCGGGCGCCAGCUUGUGGCGCUCUUCAUCUUCCUCGCGAUCGCAGCGACCCUUUGCUUGCUUGAGCAUUUCUAGUAAUGCUAGUUUAAAGGAGGCUGUUCAAACAGAAAAGGCACCUGCAGCAUUGGGACCAUACUCUCAGGCUAUCAGAGCCAAUAAUAUGAUCUUUGUGUCUGGUUGUCUGGGUCUUGUUCCAGAGACUGGGAAAUUCAUCUCAGAUGGUGUGGAGGAGCAGACAGAGCAGGUUCUCAAGAAUAUGGGGGAAAUACUGAAAGCUAGUGGUGCUAGUUAUUCUUCAGUUGUUAAGACAACAAUUUUGUUGGCGGACUUGCAAGAUUUCAAGAGAGUGAAUGAGAUCUAUGGUAAAUAUUUCCCAUCACCUGCACCAGCUCGUGCAACAUACCAGGUUGCAGCAUUGCCCAUGAAUGCAAAGAUUGAGAUUGAAUGCAUUGCAGCUUUGUAGUUGACUAUUAUGAUUUGAAAAGACUGGUUAAUCCACCAACAAAAACUCCAGUGACCAUGACUAUGACAAUGAAGGAGGAAUUAAUGCUGUAUUUGCUUGACCUUUUUUGGAGUUAUUUAUCAAUGUAGGUUACCUGGAUAAAGAUGAAACGGAGAUGAAACUCUCUCUAAUUACCCUUCUUGGUUUUAUCAUCUGUGGGAAGUUCAUGUUA